AUGGCAGGCCUGUGGAAAUCCUACCAGGUCUUGAUGACUAAAUACCCUUGGACGGUCCAGAUAGUCACAGCUGGUAAGAAGAAUCACAGCCGGCGAGCGGAUUCGGGGGUUUCCGGCCGGUCGAGGAGUCAAAAGCUGACGGCUCUUCUUUCUCUUUCUUUCUUCUCUCUGAAAACAAAGGGCCCCGUCAUCGGCAGCUGGUACAAAGUUUUGGACAAACUGGUGGUUGGAGGAACUAAAAGUGCUGCCAUGAAGAAAAUGCUGGUGGACCAGCUGGCUUUUGCUCCGUGUUUCUUGGGGGCGUUCCUCUGCAUCUCCGGGGCUCUGAACGGCCUGACGGUGGACGACAACGUGGCCAAACUCAAGCGGCUGUGGCCCCCGGUCCAGAUCGCCAACUUCUACUUUGUUCCGCUGCACCAC